AUGGCUAACCUGGGACGAAGAGCCAUGGCCAUGAUCCCUAUCCCGUUCUCGUGUUUCAUAAGUAGGAUUCUGGAUAACCAGCCGCCUCCAGGUGUUAACGGUUCCAAGGGCGACCACCGUAGUGGCCGGUAUUGCCCGGGGCCAUACGGCGGCGAACCCAGGACCAUGACCAUGGCCGCUCACCCGCAGUUGCCGCCCAGCCAGUCAACAAGCAGUCCGACAGCGAUAAACCACAGCACGCUGAAGAAAAGAUCCGCCGGCCAGUGGACGAAGGAGCCGGUGGCGGGGACCAGCCAGACGAUGGCGAAAAGGAUCGAGAAGCUCGCAACUAGUUCGGUGUAG